CGGGGAGAUGCUAGAGCGUAUUCCAUCUGCAGUUGCACUCGUGUUAGGCAGAAUCCAAGUGGCUUGGCUUAUCAUACUUUGUCUGUGAUUUUUCUGGGUAUCGUAUAAUCAGAGAAAAUGAAAGUUGUAAUUUUAUUAGCAGUUUGCGUCGCGGCAGCAGCUGGAAGUUAUUGUAGCUGCAACAGCAACGACGUCGUAUGUACCUACGACAACGAGACAAAGGGCAAGUGUGAGAUGGAGUGCGACGGGAAAGAGCACCUGAUUAACUGCGAAGGGCCAUGUCCUUGCAACGAUCAACAACAUCUAAUUAUCACACCAUGCGGCUGUGACAACUCCUUGAAACCAGUGUGCACCACGAUAGGAAACAACUACCAGAACAAGUGCCAGGCCGAAUGCAACGGAGAAGUAGUUUACUACGACAGCUACUGUGUGAAGAACUAAGAACGUGGCCUCGAGGACGCCGGGUCUCAAAUGGAAAGAUCAAUGUAAACGAGUGCUUGUGUAAACGCUCUACACACAUGACUAAACCCUUAUUGUGAACGAAAUAUUUACCUUUAUUUUAAGAAAAUUAAUAAAAUCUAUAAACGAA